GCCUCUCUCCACCAUCUACAUGGUCUCUCACCGCCAUGGCUGACCCAGCCGGCCCCUCCCUAGAAUUUACCCUGCUCGUCGCUGGCUCUCGUGGAGGCAAGACUUCCUUCCUACGUCUCCUCCUCGACACCUCCAAUGUUUCGCCCACUACAUCCCAGGACCAGCUCGCUUCGGUCGCAAAGUUCGUUCAGGGGUGCAGCGGCCGUACUUCUCACAUUCGUUCUGCUUCUAUUGAUGUAGACCUUGACCUCGACGGCAACGGCCCGCUCCAGACGCUUACCUUGCAUCUCGUCGAUACCCCGUCCCUCGACUUUAAAGACGAACAGCCUGCUGAGAGGCUUGUCGCUGAUACACUCAGAUACGUAGAGUCGCGCUUUGCCGAAUCCAUUCAAGACGCUCGCAACUCCUCCACCACCGACCGCUAUGUUCAUCUGUGUCUAUAUUUUCUUGACCCGGAUCAAAUUGUACCAUCACAGAUACCUGCGCCGCUCGCGCCGCCUCGUGCUCGUGCAAACAGCUUUUCACAACCCGACCUUGACCCCCUCAUUCUCGAGCUCCCUGUCGCCAACAAUCCUCUCUUGACACGACCCACAUUGCCCUCCGCCGACAUAAAUUCUAUUCGCCGUCUGUCAACACGAGUUAAUGUCCUACCUGUUGUCUCACGUGCAGAUAUCCUCACCAAUGACCGGCUCGCUGCUGUUAAAAUGGCUAUACGGCGAGACCUAGCUGCGGCUGGCAUUGGUUUCGGCAUAUUCGACGAUGCCUACCACAGCCAUCCCGGUGAUAUCUCGCCUAGCAAUGGUAAAUUGACCAAUGGCUACGUAAACGGUACCAGCUCUGGCACCAGCUCUCCUCCCUCCUCUCCUGUUUCAUCCUCUUUGCGGCUUCCUUAUGCUCUGAUUUCGCCGGAUAUAUAUUCCCACAGCGACGGCGUUCCCAGGAUACCUGUGUCACGCCAGCAGCUCGUUCACCAGUACACCCCUUCAUACCAUUCCCCUUCUUCAAAACUCGUCCAAGGAAAAUACAUUCGCACAUAUCGCUGGGGUUCUUUGGAUGUUUUGGAUCCAUGUCACUGCGACUUUCUACAUCUACGCAAUGCCAUUUUCCGUCACAUGGAGACCUUGCAGACGUAUACACGGGACUAUCUAUUCGAUAAGUUCAAGCUUGAAUACCUGCAGUCCUCACGCCCUUCACUCUCUCGCCAUCUCGUUCAAAACCAGGGUAUACCACGGACGUCAGGUGCUAUGUCCUCACGGCCCAUACUGGCCAUAGAUACCGCAGGACCACAUAAUUCCAUCAGCCGGCAUCAUUCACUCUCCGUUUCUCGUGAGGUCUCUACAUCUGCUGCAAGAGACAUGCGCUCCGUCCCCCUUACCCGCCCCUUAACUGACAUCUCUGUCAGUGCAUCGACAAAGGGUCUGACCAGUACGUCCAACGGCUCGUACUUCGCCACGUCUCUAACCGACUCGCGUUCAGAAGCCAAACAGCGCACCAAAAAAAUUACAGUGGCGUGCAACUUUUGUAGAUCUCGCAAACUCAAGUGCGAUGGCGGGCGGCCAGCGUGCAGUCAAUGCUUGAAACGGUCAAAUUCAUGCGACUACAUGCCUCAAAGCAAGCGUCGUGGAAGUAUGCGUACGAGUCGGGACCGAGACAGUGGCAGCGACAGCAUAGACGAACCAUCUCCUGAUGCUCUGGAUACUCCUGUUUCUGAAGUGCCGUCACUAUCUCUUUCCCGCAGGACCUCGAACGCGGGGAGGAUGACACCGCUGCCUUCUAUAGGGGUAUCAACAGAUGCGUCUACAUCUUCCGUUCGAUCGAAAGGUUCCAUUAGUGAAUCGCGCUCGUACUGGGCGGAUAACGAACUACCUCACAUUGCCACCCUAUCUCUACCUGAACAUUCCCCAGCCACGCCGGUACCCAUGUCCGCACCGCCUCUGCCGCCUAUCAGACCAGCCUCGGAACACCAAGCGGCCCAGCGCAAACGCGCAGCUACAGCACCCGGAAAAAGCGGGCGUCAACCAUCAACUUCUGGACCCAAAGUUGUGGCUUGCAACUUUUGCAGAGCCCGUAAAACGAAGUGUGAUGGAGCGUACCCCGCAUGUUCCAGCUGCGUCCGACGGAACUUGUCGUGCAACUAUGUGAAUGAUCGUAGCGGAGGAGACCCCUUGAGGAAGGCGCCGAAGCGAACGUCUAAUGCGCGGCCUUCGCCUCCUUCACCACCUUCCUCGAGGAUGGUGCCGACACCUCUGAGUGCGAAUGAUGGGAAAGAUUAUAUUUCCUAUGUGGAAGGAGGGGGAGAGUACGACAUGAAGAGAAUGUUGGAACAUCCUGAUAUAAGUCGACCCUCAAAGAAAAUGCGUAUCGAAGGUUCAUCGACGGCCAUUGAUGCGAUACCCUGACGCCUUUUUGUUGGAUCUCAUUGAUCAACUUUUGUAGACUAAGUUUUACUCAUGCUUUCCCUCUGUUUUGUUGUGUUAUUUUAGGGCUGGACGUUAGCAGUCAUGGCUUUGGGCAUGGGACUGUAUCUGUAUUUGUUUUCUUCAAUUAAGCAGCGGAAUUUAAUCGGUCGUUUUUGGAUAUGCUCUACGUCGUAUUUUAUUGCUAUUUCGAAAAAAAAA